AUGAUACCAUCCACUCUUGGCAACAACACCGUACUUUUGGACUGGUUGCCUCAAAACGACCUCCUGGGUCACCUCAAGACCAGAGUGUUUAUAACCCAUGGAGGCGCCAAUGGAAUAGGGAAGGCCAUCUACCACGGUGUCCCCUUGGUCGGCAUCCCACUAUUAUCUGACCAGCCUCACAAUUUAUUCAGGAUGAAAGUAAGAGGUGUGGCUAAAAUCGUGGAAAUUUCAACUUUGAACAAACACAACUUCCUGGCGGUGCUCAAAGAGGUACUGUAUGUACCGAGCUACAGGGAGAACAUGAAGACGUUGUCCAGCCUGCACAGAGAUCGGCCGAUAGAACCACUGGACCAUGAUAUAUCCUGGGUGGAGUUUGUAAUGAGGCACAAGGGAGCUCCGCAUCUAAAGACGGAGUCUCAUAGGAUGUCCAUGAUCCAGUACUACUCGAUUGAUGUGAUGACAUUUCUUCUGACCGUUAUUUUGGCAGUAAUUACUGCUUUUAUUUUGGCAAUGAAGUUUUUGUGGCGGAGAGUGUUUACUAGGAGCAAAUUCAAAAAGGAAUGA